AUGCUUACCCCUCCCCCCGUCAUCUCCUCCCAGUCUCUGUCUGCUCUGGGUUAUACUGCGUUUAGCAGUGCCGGCAACGACGAGGACGGUGCUCUCUCUGACUCCGGCUACUCGCAUUCAUCGCACCCCUCUACAUCAACUACUACUCUCCCCGACCCUUCGCAAUUCCCUGAUCCCUACCCUUAUAGACCUUCCCGUUGGCACCUCGGCUCCGCAACGCCGGCAUUAUCUUCAGCAGACUCUUCCUCUGCUUCUACGCGUUCAUCUGCGUACACGGGAUCCGCGAAGUCAGGCGACUACGGGCACGUGAACGUGGCUCUGGGUGGCGAAGACGAGGCCACGCGUGGCGUCGGGGUGGGUAUAACCACCGACGACAUCGUCCAGCUCAAGACGCAGGAGUCGGGCGCGCCCUCAUCCGCGACGCAAGGGAGGACACCAAUCGAUCAAGGUCGGUGGUCAGAUUAUUACGCGAACGGCAUGCGCUCGCGAUCCUCGUCCCUCGCGAACUCCAAGGUGGAGCCCUCGCAGGACAAGCCCCUCCCUGUGCUGCGCGCCACGCCCAGUUUCGACAUGGGCUGGCAACGACCGGACGAGCGGGAUGAAGCUGGCAUUGGUAGCGAAGACGAAUUGGACGAUGACCCCUCCUUCGAUGACGACGAGGAAGUCGACGACGAAGAGGUGCCCGAUGAGCCCACCAGCGCAGCGCUCAUGGCCGAAGAAGGUCGGGGCGUUAUCGUAAGAGGAGGUGACGCGCCCAUCAUGCGUCUACAGGUGCAUUCAGACACGACACAUCUGUUGAUUGGGUCUUCGUCCACUCCGAAUCACGUACCAACAUUCCUGGCGACCGCUCUUCCCCAAAUUAGCUCCUGCCUGCUUGCGCUUGACAUCUCUGCGAAUUUCCUCAGUGCCUUGCCUCCUUCGCUGUCGGGUUGUGUCAACCUGGAGGAGCUGAACAUUGCGUACAACCCCUUGCGCGCCUUGCCAACCUUCCUGGCAACGCUCAGCAGCCUCCGUGUUCUCAUCGUAGACUCUACUGGCAUUAGCACACUUCCUGAAUCGCUUGCUUCCCUCGAGAUGCUUCACACUCUGAGCAUUCGGAGGAACAAGAUGCAUUCUUUGCCCAGCUGGCUGUGCGAGUUGACAGCGUUGGAAACGCUGCUCGUCGACGGUAACCCGUUCCAAGGUCCCUGGAAGGCCCUUAUGGAGCCGUUGCUUUCUCGUUCACCUCUUUCCCCGGGGAUGCCCCCCUCUACCCCGAUGUUUGCCCUCCACUCCGCCAGUAUGCGGAGCACCACAACGGCAACAACGGACGACGGCUACUCCGAUGAACUCUCACCCCGAAUCGACCAUGUUAGCCAUGAAGAAGAGGACCUGACCGUCACUUCCCCCCGCGCCCCGCCCACCCUUGCGCGCUCUAUCACUGCGCCACCGUCAGGCCAGCCUGGCCAGCUUCCCUCGCCCGGUCUGUCGCGCACAAGGACCACUCCCAACCGCGCAUACUACGACAAAAGCCGCACCAGCAGCAAGGGGCCUAAGUCUAUGUUCAGCGAGGCUGGACCAUCAGACUUCUCUAGGGCCGCAGCGGAGACGGAGAAAGAGGUGCGCAGGAUGAAGAGCGCGGGAGAACUGCGGAGGAACGCUCAGAGAACCCCACCGGCGUCGUCGUCGUCGUCGCCCCAGCGCGGGGCACUUGGCGAAUAUGUAGGGUCCGCCUCCGCGUCUAGCUCCAACCUCCUCAGCAUCGCUAGCUCCUCCUCACAAGACAGCCAGUCCGUUCCUCGGCGGUUCGCCAGCUUGGGCGUUGCGUCGGGGGCGAUGUCUCCUACCAUGAGCAGUCGCUCGCGGAGGACGGUGGAUAGCAGCAUCUGGGAUAGCCCAACGGAAGAGGAAACAUUAGUCGAGCCUGUCCCUCCUCUGCCGAAUAAGGUCAUCUUCCCGCAAGAGGGUGCCUACGCGAUGGACCAUGCGUUGCCUCCGCGGCCUCGCAUGAAGGAGGAUAAAGACAAGAGCAGCCGCUGGGGUUUCCUCAAGAAGAUGUCGAUGGGGAAGAUGCGGACAGACCAGCCUCCCCCGCCGUCCCGCUCUUCAUUGCACCAGUCCCAGGUGCCACCGCAGCAACAAUCGCCUUAUCCCUCUCGACCCCCGCCACCUAGGCAAAUGGUCUCCACCCCCCUCCUCGAUGUGCGCAUCUCGACGACCGGCACCCUCCUGCAACAACAUGAGUCUACCGACCAGCUACCCAUCGUGCCUAGCCUAUCACGCAAACACUCGAACGACCUUUUGAAGCUCACCGCGUCACCGCUCGAUCAGUUGAAGAAGAUGUCCAACGAGGCUGCGAAACAGGCUCCGCCAGGCUCGUCGAACAGCUUGCUUGUUCCCGGGGGUUUACAGGCCACAUCACGUGCAAACAAGCGUAGAAGCUUCCUUCCCAUCGACGUCUCGCCCAUCCCCAUUCCGGCGGCUUCGCAGUUUGUUCCCGGCGUCACCGCCACGAACAGCGAAGAGCAGGAAGAGUCGGCGCCACCAGUGCCGAGCCCGGUGCAACGUAGCCCUGUGCAGCUGGAGAACACGUACGAGGAAAUCCAGCGGCGCGAGGAGGAGCGAGCGAGGGAAGCCCGGAUCCGUGCGCUGCGCUCCGUCAUGUCGUAUCUGAAAGAUAUGCACGACCUUACUCGGUCGCAGACUCAGACUCUGUCCUUGUAUGGGCUCGCCUCGCUCGACUCUCAGUCGCCCGGCACUCGCUCUCGUCGACCCACCAUGGUAGACAACGGCCGGCUCAACGGUGAGAACUCUGUCGCAUCGAUCGUCUCCGGCGGGUCUUCAUCGAGGCCCGACUCUGUCAACUUGCGGUCGACGGAGGGGCGCAUCGGGAGCACCACGCAGACGAACAGCGUGGCGACGACGGACAGCACGGGUUCGGGAGGCGCCGAGGAGAAGAAGUACAAGGAUGACAAGGCGAAGCGGUCGAGGAUCAUCCGGGAGAUCGUAGAGACGGAGCGCACGUAUGUGAAGGGUCUGCAGGAGCUCGUCGACAUCUAUAUUCGGCCCGCUUCUGCCCCAUUAUCAGGGCUGAGCGGUGUCCAGAACAAAGAUACCAUCGUGCCUGCACAGGAGCGCAAGGUCGUGUUCAGCGGCCUGGAGGCACUGUUCUACUUCCACAGAGAGAGCUUCCUUCCUGCGCUUGAGCGAGCAUCAGCGCCUCUCUUGGCGCCUACGCAGCCUGGUGACCUUGACGGGCAGCUAUCCUUGUAUGUGGCGCGCGACGUAGCGAACACGUUCGUCUCGCAUGCUGCCUUCAUGAAGAUGUACUCGACCUACAUCAACAACUUCGACAACUCUGUGCAGCGCAUCAAGAUGUGGACGACUGACAAGCCCAGCCCUGCUGUGCCCGCACAGACGCUGUCGCCUUCAGCCAGCAGCUCACAGCUGGUUGGGCUUGGUCUCGCCAUGUCUGCCGGUAUCGGCAACGCUGGCGCAUUGGACAGCGCGCCUUCCAACAACGCAGUCUCUCUGUCGUCGAGCCAGCGGAAACGCAUUAAGCAGUACCUGAAGCGCUGCCGGAUGAACCCUAGACAUUCACAACUCAACUUGGAGGGCUAUCUGCUGCUGCCCGUACAGCGCGUUCCUCGCUAUCGUCUAUUGCUCGAGGAACUCACCCGCGCCAGUCCUCCAUUGUACGAGUUCAUGGACGAUCCGAUCGAACGCGCGCUCCAAGAGAUCGCCUCAGUCGCGACCAACAUGAACGAAGGCAAGCGGGACGCAGAGUCGCGCCGGAGGCUUGUGCAGUGGCAGGCGAGGAUACGGGGCAAGUUCCCCAGCCCACUCGUACAACCCCACCGUCGUCUCAUCAUGGACGGGUCGCUGAAGCUGACACGCGUCGUGAGGAAAGCAACGGUGGCGUUCGAAGUGAUCGACGCGCAAGGCGAUGCGUCCUCUAUCGAGGUCGAAUGUCUAUCGCCAGAGUUGACCCCCAGGGCCCUCGUCGGUAUUCUAUGCAACGACUUGCUGGUGCUCUGCCGGGACCCCUCUGAAGGGCAGGACCCGAACUGUGCAGUCGACCUCUGGGCCGUGUUGCGGAUGCAAACGCUUCCCCAGCCGGCCAGUAUCGUGCACGGCAAUACUCUCCGUUUGGUUGACAACAAGGCGAUACUAUACUUUGACGCCCCGUCGACAUCGGACGCCUUGACAUGGUACAGGGCCAUCAACCUCAACAUCCCUGCGUCCGGUCUGAAAAGCUAA